AAGAAGCCAGCCAUGAAUCCCUUCCAGCAAAAUGAGUCCAAGGAAACUCUUUUUUCACCUGUCUCCACUGAAGAGACACCACCUCAACUCUCCAGCCCGGCAAAGAAGACACCUCCGAGAAUCUUUGGCUCCAACUAUCCACUGAGCAUUGCCUUCAUCGUGGUGAAUGAAUUCUGCGAGCGUUUUUCCUAUUAUGGCAUGAAAGCUGUGCUUACCCUGUAUUUCCUGUAUUUCCUGCACUGGAAUGAGGACACCUCCACAUCUGUCUACCAUGCCUUCAGCAGCCUCUGCUAUUUCACUCCCAUCCUGGGAGCAGCCAUUGCUGACUCAUGGCUGGGGAAAUUCAAGACAAUCAUCUAUCUCUCCUUGGUGUAUGUGCUUGGCCAUGUGAUCAAGUCCUUGAGCGCUUUUCCAAUACUCGGGGGAAAAGUGGUACACACAGUCCUAUCACUUGUUGGUCUAUGUCUAAUAGCACUGGGGACAGGAGGCAUCAAACCCUGUGUGGCAGCUUUUGGUGGAGACCAGUUUGAAGAAAACCAUGCUGAGGAACGGACUAGAUACUUCUCUGGCUUCUACCUCGCCAUCAAUGCAGGGAGCUUGAUUUCUACAUUUAUCACACCCAUGCUAAGAGGAGAUGUGCAGUGUUUUGGGGAAGACUGUUACGCAUUGGCUUUUGGAGUUCCAGGAUUGCUCAUGGUAAUAGCACUUGUUGUGUUUGCAAUGGGAAGCAAAAUGUACAAAAAACCACCUCCUGAAGGAAACAUAGUGGCUCAAGUUGUCAAAUGCAUCUGGUUUGCUAUUUCCAACCGCUUCAAGAACCGUUCUGAGGACAUUCCAAAGCGACAGCACUGGUUGGACUGGGCAGCUGAGAAAUACCCAAAGCAACUCAUUAUGGAUGUGAAGACACUGACCAGGGUACUGUUCCUUUAUAUCCCAUUGCCCAUGUUCUGGGCUCUUUUGGAUCAGCAGGGCUCACGAUGGACUUUGCAAGCCACUAAGAUGAAUGGGAACUUGGGAUUUUUUGUGCUUCAGCCGGACCAGAUGCAGGUACUAAACCCUCUCCUGGUUCUUAUCUUCAUCCCAUUAUUCGACCUUGUCAUUUAUCGUCUGAUCUCCAAGUGUGGAAUUAACUUCACAUCACUUAGGAAAAUGGCUGUUGGUAUGGUUCUAGCAUGCCUGGCAUUUGCAGCUGCAGCAACUGUAGAAAUAAAAAUAAAUGAAAUGGCCCCACCCCAGCCAGGAUCCCAAGAGAUUCUCCUACAAGUCUUGAACCUGGCAGAUGAUGAGGUGAAGCUGACAGUGCUGGGAAGCAAUAAUAACUCUCUAUUGGUAGAUUCCAUCAAAUCCUUUCAGAAAACACCUCACUAUUCCAAAAUACACCUGAAUACAAAAAGCCAAGAUUUAUACUUCCACAUGAAAUAUCACAAUUUGUCUAUAUACACUGAACAUUCUGUAGAGGAGAGAAACUGGUACAGUCUGAUCAUCCGAGAGGAUGGGAAAAGUGUCUCCAGCAUAAUGGUAAAGGAUAUGGAAAAUGAAACAACCAAUGGGAUGACAGCUGUAAGGUUUAUUAACACUUUGCAAGAAUAUGUCAACAUCUCCCUGGGUACAGAUAUCUCCCUCAUUGUUGGUGAAAACUAUGGCGUGUCUGCUUACAGAACUGUGCAAAGAGGAGAAUACUCUGCAGUGCAUUGUAAAACAGAAGAUAAAGACUUUUCUUUGAAUUUGGGUCUGCUAGACUUUGGUGCCUCGUAUCUGUUUGUUAUAACUAAUAGCACCAAGCAGGGACUUCAGGCCUGGAAGAUGGAAGACAUUCCAGCCAACAAAGUUUCCAUUGCAUGGCAACUGCCACAAUAUGCCCUGGUUACAGCUGGGGAGGUCAUGUUCUCUGUCACAGGACUUGAAUUUUCUUAUUCACAGGCUCCCUCUAGCAUGAAAUCUGUACUCCAAGCAGCAUGGUUGUUGACAGUUGCAGUUGGGAACAUCAUCGUGCUUGUUGUGGCACAGUUCAGUGGUCUGGUACAGUGGGCUGAAUUUGUUUUGUUUUCCUGCCUCCUCCUGGUGGUCUGCCUGAUCUUCUCCAUCAUGGGCUACUACUAUAUUCCCUUAAAGUCAGAAGAUAUUCAGGGGCCAGAAGAUAAGCAGAUCCCCCAUAUGCAAGGGAACAUGAUCAACUUAGAGACCAAGAAGACAAAGCUCUGAUGACUCCCAGGACUCUGCCCUAACCCCAGUUCUCGACCCCAGUCUCAGCCAUCACCAGUCUCCAAGCAUAUUUUUCUGCUGUUGGAUUAAGAAAGAUAGCAUCAUUUCUGAGCUGAUCUUUCAUGUUUCUUCUACGAUAGAGGUAUUUCCAGGACUAGGUUUUCCAGUACAAAUUUAUACAAGCAGGGGAUUCUGUUUGUCCAUCUAUUAGAGAACUCAGUAAACCUUGUGAAAUGUUGCUGGAGUUGGCCUGCUAUCUCCAAAUGGCCAUUAAAAUGCAAAUGUACAAUGGAGCUCAACCUCUGCAGGUAUGUGAAGUUAUGGGUGAUUCCUUUAUAGGCGCCUGCCAUUGA